CCUCCAGCCGUCCACCUGGAAGGACCCCGUCCGCGGGGACCGCUCUCACACGCCCCUGCCGUCCCGUAAAGGAAGGGACUGGGUCCCGGCCGACCCGCACUUGGCCGUGGAACCUGCGCCCCGCGCUCAUCCGCCUGUGAAACCCUGUGUUCCGUGAAGCGCCGCAGAGCGCCGCCCGGCCCCCCGACGGGAGGCUGUCCGACUCAGGAAUUGGUGAAGAAAGCCAAGAAAGUCGUUAAGACUUGCCCAGUUGAAUUCCUUUUUAAACAAAUGUAAAGGGAUGAACAAGAGACCCCUGCAGGCUUGGUGGCAAAUGGGAAGAAAGAAGUACCAAGGGGAACUUACUUGCCGCCUCCGGGGAGAAGCACAGUCUCAGGGCGCGGACCGCUCCCACCGCCAGACUGAGGGCCACACCAAGGGCCAUGCUGACAGCCACACCUAUGGCCAGACUGACCUCAGUCACAGGCGCUGCAGUUCAUCGCGCCGCCGGGAGAGGGCAGCCUGGGCGCAGACACCCCCAACCAGUGUGGAAGCUGCUGGUGAGCGCGACCCUGGAAACCAGCUCUGCCAGGGGACAAAUGUGUACCACCUGAGUCAGAGCACCUGGAGGCGGGAAGAGACACCUUGCGUCCGACACUCGGGACCUCCAUACACAAGUGGACAACAGAAAGGAAGCCAGGAGUCCUUCAAGUAUCAACGCUACAGAAAAAGGUUUUAAAUCUUGAACGUUGCUAUCAUUGCAAAGGGAGAGAAGUGACAACACACAGAUCAACCUCCCAGACAACAUGGAGAAGGAAGCCGAGGCGAGAACGGGCCGGGAAGGAAGCCGCGAGGGUCACAGGGAAGGGGAUGGAGCGGACAGCACGCCGACCUCACUAACAACUGAAAACUCCGGUUCUCUGGGAAAUUUCAUCCUGAGCGAGCCGCCGGCCUGGUCGGUGCGAGGCAGACAGUAGGGUCCGCAGGAUAAUAAACACCAAGGAUGAAGGAGGUAUAGUACUUGGAACUAACCUAAAAAAAUUGCGGAAAGACAAAAUCACAGACCCAAUAUCUCUUAGAUGUAUCAAGGCAAUAAUGUUAAAUAAGUAUUAGCAGGCAGUGUCCAACAGCAGGUGAAGAAAGUAACACACGGUGACAGAGUAGGAUCCAUCCCAGGAUUCAAUGGGAGAUAAACACUAGGGAAUCUGUCAAUACAGCUGCUCAUAAUGGGGCGUCUGGGUGUCUCACGCUCUGUGCCCUCCCUUCCCGGGCUCCUUGCCAACCCCGGGCGCGGCAGGAUGGGUGCGGUCCACUGACCGGCUCCGGGAAUGGGACCAGUGACCGUCUUAGAGCCCGCUGGACACUCGGAAAGCUGCGAUCCCAUUCUUCUGUGAGGGUCGCGUGCGGAGCUGUGGACGCGGGAGAGUCCCCCUAGCAGCCCCCUGGCUCUCAGCACGCAAAUCCCCCUGGUCCCCGGAGGAAGAGGCCUGCGUCAAAGGCACAGCUGAUCUGGUUGUGAAGAGCCUGGCCAGAUUCCGAGGCCGCGAGUGAGAGACAGGGAGCAGAGAGAGAGGGACACACAGAAUCCGAAGCAGCUCCAGGCUCCGAGCUGUCAGUACAGAGCCUG